AUGGAGAAACCCUUCAUCGCCUUGAUUCUCUACGCGGUUGUUGCUCUGGGUCUCCUCGUCCUCAUCUACACUCCGAGGGAAACGCACUCCCAUCAUCACCGCCGCCUCAAACUGCGGUCAAACUUCUCCUUCUCCGCGUCCCCCAAGGGCCGGGCCCGGGACCAUGCGGUCCCAUUCGAUCCCAUCAUCCUCGACAUUGAGCAGCGCAGGGAGGACAGGGAGUGGGAGAAGGCCCAUUUCCCCUUCCCCCACACCGAUCCGGCUCCGGGCGAGGAGGCCCAGCCGGAGUGGGAGGACUUCAUGGAUGCAGAAGACUUCAUCAACGACGAAGAUCGGUUCAACGUGUCCCUACGCCUGGUCUCCCUGUUCCCAAGCAUCGAUGUGAGCCCCGAAGACGGGUUCCUGACGGUGGACGAGCUGACCCGGUGGAACCUGCGGCUGGAGGCGAGUGAGACGCUGCACCGGACGAAGAGGGACAUGGAGCUGCACGACAAGAACCAUGAUGGGUUCGUGUCGUUCAAGGAGUACGAUCCGCCAAGCUGGAUGCGAGAUCAUUCCGAUGGUGAUCCCUCUUCCUUCUAUUUAUUUCUGCAUUUGAUAUAUCUUGAAGAAUUCAUCGCCAAUCGAGUUUGUUUGCCUUUCGGGAAAUGUGGGCCUUGGUUCCUUGUAUGCAAUAAAAAUCUUGGCUUAUUCAUUGCUGCGCGUCUUAUGUUCUUGAUAAGGGGCGGUCGGGGUAGGUUGUGAUGUAGACAUCUGACGCAACUGCGAGGCAAUCCCUCGUCUCAGGCCUGGUCGGUGGUGGUGCUGAUGAUAUAGACAUGAAGCACGAAAGGGUGUGGAUGCGGACCACUUGUUUCGGAAAUUCAUCAUUUCUUAAAACCUGUCCACGCUUUUUCUGUCGCAGAUCAUAAUUCAACCGGGAGUCAUGGCUGGUGGAGUGAGGAGCAUUUUAAUGCCUCUGAUAUCGACGGAGACGGCCUUCUGAACUUAACCGAGUUCAAUGAGUGCGAACUUGUUCUUCCAACCCCAAUCCCAUCUACCUUUAGAUCUCUUUCCUUUUCAUUUCUGAUAUAUAUUUUCGUUUCUACAGCUUCUUACAUCCAUCAGACAGUGUCAAUCCAAAGCUCAUACUAUGGCUCUGCAAAGAGGAGAUAAGGUGCAACAGAUUUCUUAGUUUUCUCUUGCACGUCAACUUUAAUUGCACUUUAUUUUUUAUCACUGCAUAUGCACGAAAGAUCUCGAAAAAGAUCCAGCGUGCUUUGUGAGUGGUAAUGAACCGUGCACCGUGAUAUGGAUUCCCAGUGAAAUUAUUGAUGGCCAUUUGAGUUCUAAUAAUCCUGUUAAUGGUUAAAUGAUCCCUUUUUUUAUUCUAUAAAAUUAGUCUAUGGAUUUAUAACUCGGGAUGUGUUAUGGAGAAUUUCUUGGGUCUAAGUAAGACCUAUUUUUCAUGAAAAAUGUAAAUUUUAUGGAAUGCAUGAUUAAUUUUCUGAAUGGGUCUUAUCGUUUUUCUGUUUCUUAUGUACUGUGAAUCUAAACGUACUCUGUUAUGAUAGAAAUCAGCUAUUAUUUUAAUUAAAAUUCACAAACUAGAACGGGUUUGACGAAGAAAAGUGGGGGAGAAAUUUUGAUAGAGAAUGCUUUCAGACCACCAGUCGACAGGACGCCUGAUUCAGCCAGAUCUUCGGAUAUCAUCAAUUUCAAUUUUUCUUUUUUUUUCGUUGCCAAUUUUUUUUGUUAGACAGUUCUCUUGCAUGGGAACAAUACAGCUAGUCCUCAAUUUUUUUAUUAAAGACGAGGAUGACCAUAUUUUAGUUAACCAGUUAAUUAAUUUCCCUUUCAUCGCAUCAUUAUUCGUACCUCUCUCUCUCUCUCUCUUUUCCUUUUAUAGGCAAAGGGACAGAGAUAAAGAUGGGAAGCUCAACUUUCAAGAAUAUUUUAGUGGAUUGUUCGACUCAAUUCGAGAUUUCAAUGAGCAUGACCACAACGCUUCAUCAGACCGAUCAUCUGAGUUUCUAGCCAAGAAGCUAUUUUCAGAGAUCGAUCAUGACAAUGAUGGGUACGUCUUGGUGUGUGUGUGUGCAAUGCUAGGUGAAUAAUAAUCCAUUUUUUAUGCCAAUCUUGUGGAAAUUUCUAGGCUUUUAUCGGAAGAAGAAUUGAAAUCAGUGAUUGGUAUCAUUCACCCAUCAGAACAUUACUAUGCAAAGCAACAGGCUGAACGUGCUGUGGAGGAGGUGAGGGCUGAUCUUCUUCUGAUCAAACUCAUAUUUUUAUUUUUCUUGCCCUUACGUAACCCUCAUGUUCAAAUCCAAGUUACAGAGGAAUCUUCCCUGAAAUUAAGGGGGGCCCCAUUUAUUUAUAUGAUAUAUUCUUCUUGUCUUGAGAAACAAACUUAUGGUUUUCACAACUUUUUGAAGUUGGGUUUAUGCACAUAACAAUUACUCAUUCAUGUAGAGAAGAUGUGGGGUCAGUGUGCUUGUUGGUGGGGUGACUGGGUUUGGAGUACUGAUCAUUCCUAAAAGGUUGACUCAUACCAUUCAUGGCCUGAGUCAACUCAAACAUCCUUUUGCCUUCUUAGGACUAAUCUGUAGAGAAUUGAAUCUGAGCUCGUCCUCUCUUGGGCUACAUUGUGCAUGGGUUGCCGAAAUUCCCCAGGCCCCCACAAUCCCAGACUCUCAAGUCCCGGUUGAGGAAUUGCAGUUGACUCAAUUGGGUAAAAAUCCUAGGUUUUUUGAGGAAUUGCAGUUGACUCAAUCUGAGCAAGCAAUUGCAUAACUUGUUAGGUUUUUGUUUGUUGCUAUCCUCUGAGUUUAUCAGUUGGCGAGAUCGAGCCAAGAUCUUCCGGGGCCAAGUAACCGAACAGUCUGUCUCAACUCCUGAUCCAUGUGACUCAGAUGGUCCCCACAGAGAUCGAUCCCUCUUAGAAAGUUGGUUCGGUGCUAGUUGACUUAAGCUUGUCUGAUCAUGGCCGCAUAAUCUUAAUCAGACUUUCAAGUUACUAUGGUUCCAGUUCCUAUUCAGUGGGUAACUAACCGCAGAAGGGAGAUGCCUGGAUCCGUAUCCAGGAAUGGAAAAGAAGCCCUAUAUAUUUUUUAUUUUAGAAAAGAUAAAAAAUAAACAAUUUUUUGGAAGUCAGACUCAAUCUUGACAAGUCAACUUUGUCUUCAGUGAUCCGAUCCAACCAGCCAUGGCUGACCGAUUGAGAUUCUCCACAGAGUGGUGGCCUAGUGGUCAAAUUUAUAGGUUUUAUUUAAAUAUGAGUUUUAUUUAUAUAUCAAAAUUUCUCUUUCCAAGAUCUCUUGAUCUCAUGAGACGUGAUGAGAGCACGUCCGGUCAGCUUAGUAUCACUUUCUUUUACUGGAUGUUCAGAGAAUUGACCCGAAUAAUCUACCGGGCUGAUCUAUGUUUUUCUUUUUCAUGUGAAUCUUCAGGCGGAUUCAGACAAAGACGGCCGGCUAAGCUUGAAGGAGAUGAUCGACAGCCCGUAUGCAUUCUACAGAGCUAUCUUCGCCGACGGUGACGAGUCUGACUAUGAAUUCCACGACGAGCUCCGUUGA